AUGAAGAAACUAUAUUCUAAGGGGAUUAGACUCUCAGAAUUGAUGGAGAAAUGGAGAAAAAGAAAGAAAGGGCAUUUCGCAGUGUACACGAAAGACGGGAAGAGAUACGUUUUGCCAUUGGAUUAUCUCUACCAUCCGAUCUUACAAGUGUUAUUGGAGAUGGCUGAGGAUGAGUUUGGGACUACCAUUGAUGGUCCUUUAAAGGUUCCUUGCGAUAGAAGUUUAUUGGAUCACAUUAUCAUGCUUGUGAGGAAGAGUAUGUUCCAUGAUCAUGAUAUUGGUGAUUUGGAGAAGUCAAAGGUUUCUUCCUGCAAGGGAGCUUCAAUGUCCACUCUCUUUCGUGGACAAAACAAGCUUCAGUCUUUAGUAUCCUAA